UAGCUAAAGUGCUGGAAAUGAUGCAGUUCGAUUGGGAACCUCUGUCUCAUAGUGAACUGGACCAGCGUCUGGACCAGGCUGUGGAAGAAAUCAUAGAGGCAGACCUGAUUGAAAAGGUGCAGGGACAGUGUGGCCCUGUAAUACUGCACGUGUCUCAGCCAGAGGAUCCGAUACCCACCACUUCAGAACAAACACAAACACAAGUGGCGUUUCUGCUUUCGGGAUCGCCAGCGCCUUCCACUUUCGUGGUACACGGAUCCAGAGAGAGGGAAACACAGGAGCAGUCAAACGAUGCUGCAGAAGGAAACACUGUCGUUCAGUAUGUCACCGAACUCCUCCAAAAUUCAAACUCAAGCUACAGCCAGAGCCGCUUGGCGGGGAGAGCUCGUUUGUCUUUGCCUCACACGGUUCUCCUCUCCCUUACUCUUCUCUCCAAGCGCCUCAGCUACCGCUCUGUGUCUUCCAGCUUUCGUCUGGAGAAGGGGAACAUUCAUCGUAUCUUUUUCUCCUUCUGUGAGCGAGCAAAUGCACUUAUGGAUCAACAAAUACGAUGGCCAAUGGGUCAGGAGGCUCUUGAGCACCUGCUCCCUUUCUCCAGUUGGCUUGGCCGGAACGAGGACCUGGAACAGAGAGGCCUGCCACGAGUGCUGGGGGUGUUGGGCCAUACUCGCAUCCCUAUCCGUUUACCAAUCAGCAAGCAGGAUGCUGAGAGCCAUGUGUUAGAUGCCAAGAGGCUAAAGAAGGAAGUCCAUCCAGACUCAUGGCUCAACCUGGAGCUGGUGUGUGAUGGCCAAGGCCGUUUCAUCCACUGCCGUGUGAGCAGAGGCUCAGAGAAGGACAGGGCUAGUGCCCUCCUUAAGAAACUCCAACUCUGCCCUGAGAUGAUGCCGCCAGAGACCUGCAUCGUGGCCAUGGGCGGUUACCCGCUCACCGAGCACAUUCUAACACCGUUUGUCUCAGGUCGAAGCACGCAAGAGAACCUGUACAACAGGUGUGUUGAGACACAUCUUGGUCGUUUCGAACAGGCUGUUGCAGAUCUGAAAGAGCGGUUUCAGAGAUUAAGGUAUUUGGACAUGGGAAACUAUGAGAGGGCAAAGGCUGUGGUUCUGACUGCAUGCAUCCUUCACAAUGCGUUGCUGGACACGGGGGAUGUGGUUGUGGGGAAGGCGGAGAGAGAGACGAGGGAGGAGGAAGGAGGCGCAGAGGAGAGGGAGGCGGGCAGGCAGAGGAGGGACACUGUGGUGCAGCUGCUGUACAGCACUUUGGAAACAGCGACCGAUUGAGGACAUGGUGGUCUUGAACUCAUUUGGAGAAAACUUUUUUUUUUUUUCUCUCAGAAUGGAAAUGGUUUUCAAAUCCAUUUAAUCUAAACUCCUGAUUCAGCUGUGAACUCUUAGUGGCACCGUCUGAGGAUACUGAAUACUGAGCUUUAUUGCAACAUUAAAGUCUGAAUCUGUAUUUCGUACCACUGUUUAUCUGGGAUCUUAAUCUCUUCCCAAGAAGAGACAUGUUCUGGGUUUUAGACCUCAGUGUCUUGGUUUUGGUCAGGCCCUGUUCUAAAGUCCAGGACUGUUCUAAAUAAUUCUUUGUAACUUCUUCAAAUGAAAUACAUAUCUUAUCACAGA